UGGUAUACAAGUGGACUUGUAAGUAUUACAUAUCCCAUUCCAUCUGUUGACGCUGACACCUAAUCGCUUUAUUUAAGGAAAACGUAUAGAGAUAUAUAAAAAGAUUGAAGCUUACCCAAAAUCCAAAAUGUAACAAUCUUUUCUUUAUAGAAAUUCACGGAAGAACGAACAACAGAUUCAUCAAGUCCCUUCCUUUUCCUCCUCUCUAUCUCUCUCUCUCUGAAAACUCCACCGCAUAAAUCACAAUCUGUUUGGUCCAACUUGUGAGUCCCCUGAAACCAUCCAUGUGAAUUUUUGAUGGGUCCCUUCUGAUCCCUCUUCUCUGUAUAUUCCACGAUCAUCACGAUCUCCAGGAACAGAGAUGUUUGUGUUUGGUCUUUUUUUUUCACUGAUCGCUUAAUAUAUUAUUUGAUCAUCGUUGGUGGUUAUGAUCUGGGUUUGUUGUAACUGUAAACUGCUUUUGUAAUCAGUUGUGUUUGUAAUGAUCUUCUGUUUAUGAUCUUAUUAUUGUCUUAAAAACAUGAACAGCAUUUCUCUCACGAUCGGUGUUCUUCACUACUUACCAUCAAAGUUGGCUAGGGCUCUGCAAAACUGGAGCAGUGACCAAUGGACACUACUAUUACUACUGCAACAUCAAAUGGUGUUAGUCCUGCUGCUACGUUGCAACUCCAUAGCAUCAUCCCAGAGAAUCCGACAAUAGCUAUGGAGUUGCCCUCGUUUGUGUCUCUGAAACGACAAUUCCUUGGAAACUCUGCUCCUGGUGACUUCUUCCUUGCUUCUUGUCCUUCCAUUGCCCUUCAUGUUCUCACAACAUGUGACUUGGAUCCUCGUGACCUUGCCAAACUCGAGGCAACAUGUUCCUUCUUUAGGAAACCGGCAAACUUCUCACCAGACCUUGAACUCUCCAUCUCCGAAGUUGCAGCUCUUGACAUUUGCCAAAAGAGGGCGAUAUUCAAACGUAUGGGAGAGGAAGAACGCCAAGAAAUCAAAAGAAAAUGCGGAGGCUCAUGGAAGCUGGUUCUAAAGUUCUUGCUAGCUGGUGAAUUUGGUUACCGGCGGGAAAAAUCACAGGCACUUGCUGGUCCUGGUCAUAGCAUCGCCGUCACAUCAAAGGGUGUUGUUUACUCUUUCGGAUCCAACGGUUCAGGACAACUCGGACAUGGAACCGUUGAAGACACUUGGCAGCCACAACCAAUCAGGUCACUUAAUGGGAUAAGGAUCAUUCAAGCAGCUCUUGGCGCUGAUAGAACAAUGCUAAUAAGUGAUGCAGGUGAAGUGUAUGCCUUUGGAAAAGAUUGUUUUAGCGACCCUGGUUUAGAGAUUCAACAAACUAAGGUCAUCACAACUCCUCAGCGAGUCAAGUCAUUGACGGAGAUCUUCGUGGUUCAAGCUGCUAUUGGAUAUCACUUCACAGCGAUUUUGUCUAGAGAAGGCAGAGUGUAUACAUUAUCAUGGGGGAAGGAUGAAAAACUUGGUCAUGGAACCGACCUUAACUGUUUGUUGCCUCAACCUUUGUUGGGGGACUUGGAGAACGUCCCUGUUGUGCAAAUUUCUGCUGGCUUUUGCUAUCUUCUUGCUCUAGCUUUUCACCCCACUGGCAUGUCGGUGUACUCUGUUGGAUGCGGUUUGGGUGGGAAGCUUGGACAUGGCUCAACAAUUAGUGAGAAACAGCCUCGGUUGAUUGAGGAGUUUAGUCUUUUGAAGAUGGAACCGGUUAUGAUCUCAGCAGGGGCAUGGCAUGCUGCUGUAGUUGGGAGAGAUGGGAGAGUGUGCACUUGGGGAUGGGGAAGGUAUGGCUGCUUGGGUCACGGAACAGAAGAGUUGGAGAUGGCUCCUAAGGUCGUUGAAGGAUUAAAAGAUGUUAAAGCUGUACACGUAGCUGCUGGAGAGUACACAACCUUUGUUGUGUCUGAUGAUGGUCAGGUUUACUCGUUCGGCUAUGGUGAAGUCAAUCUUGGUCAACAGGGGGAUGUGGAGGAGAAUACACUUACUCCGAAGCUGGUUUCAUCGUUGAAGGAGACAAAAGAGCGUGUGGUUCAUGUGAGUUUGACAAAGUCAGUGUCAUUUCCCUGGACUGGUCACACAUUUGCAAUGACGGAGUCAGGGACACUAUAUGCGUUUGGGUCUGGGGGGAGAGGGCAGCUCGGGGUGAAGCUUGGUGAUAACAUUAUGGAAAGAGAAGAACCAGCUAAAGUUAUUGGUAUUGAUCUUUCUUAGGUAUUUGGAAAGAAAAAUAAUUUAGGUUUACAUCACCAUUGGUCUUUGACUAAAAGAAAUGGUUGUACAUAGUAGUAACAGAAGGACAUUGAAGAUGGUUAUGGUUUUUUUUUCCUUAGUUUUGGAGGAUAUUUUUAUUGGAUAUUUUGCUUUGAAAGUUGAUGACAAGGUUAAGACUAAAAAAUCGUGGACCCGAAACCCUAGAGUGUGUAGCGCAGGCCCACUCCAGUUAGUUGCGUGAUGCCCAAACAAUUCAAGCUACACAUUUUCUCUACCCACUAACAACUUCUUUUUUUUUUGUCAUCCACUAACAAUAACAUUAUUAGUCCAUAUUAAGUGGUCAGCUAAAUUAAAAUAAAUAAAAAAGUUAUUUUAGUGUCAUGUUAAUUUUUCUCGACAUGACACUCAACAUUUAUAUACUCAACAUUAUACUUUGUAUAUAAAGUAUACUUCAAAUCGGCCAUACACUCAACAUUAAUUAGAUACUUUAUGUUCAUGGCAUUUAUAACAUUAGAUUGGAUUAACUUAUGAUUCUAGAAACUUAAUGUUCUUUAUGGGAUAUAACUUAAAGAGUUCAUAUUCUUCUAUUUCCUAUUGAUCAAUUCACAGUUCUUUUCAAUUGGCGUCUCUCGUGCCUCUCACAAUCUUAAAACAACAUAUGUUAUCAGUGGUUCAAAGUAAAGGCCGAUCGAUAUGGUUUGAUUGAUAUGAGUUAAUAACAUGAUAGUCGUAAAUCUUUCAUAUCAUUUUGAGUCUGAUUGGCAGGACCAGAUCUGAAUAGUGAGAGUAAAAAGUGACGAUGUGACAUUGGCUAAGAGAUAAAAAGAAAACCCGCUCUUUCAUUUUUGUCUCGUAGAACAGUCCAAAGUUCAUAAGUAUAUUUUUAUACAUAAUAGUUACUAAAAUUGAACACAUACAUCGGUUUAUUAUUACAUUAACACCUUGCUCUACUGACAAUGAGAGUUUUCUUCAUAAUACCAUAUCAUUUUGAUUAAAUUUUCAACUAGAAUAUACUAAUUUCGAAAUUACAUUUCCAUUUUUUAAAUCCAAAUCAUGAUUAACCAAUGAUUUCUUUCAAACAUAAAUUUUUUAUGACGGUUUUGUGAUACAUAUUAACAAUUUUUACAUAUAAUAUAAAUAUCUUUCUCCAUAUAAAAUGUGUACAUAAAAAUUUAAUGACAGUUUUGCUGUAAUUAACAAUUUUGCUGAAUAUAAAAAAUUAGUAAUGGCAUUUAAGUACUAACAUCUUUAAAAAAAUUAAAAGAUAUAUAGUAUGAGUAUGAAUAAAACAUUUUAUAAUUUAAAAGAGAUAUUUGAUAAUAAAGCUACAUAUUUGAGCCAUUCAAGUAAAUUUAUCUGUAUACAUUUGUGAAUUUUAGCUGGAAAAAAAUCGUUUGAAAAAUAUAUAUGAAUAGUAAAGAAUAAUUGAAAAUUUUCAAAUUGUAUGAUGAUGGGUUUCCAUAAGCAUAAUCAUCACACUAAAUAUAAAUUAUGACAACUCAUUGUAAAAGUAAAAGAUGUCCUUGAUGACAUUAUAUGAAUUACACUUGUUAUCCAAUAGUAAAUUAGUGCAUCUUAUCAUCCAUUUACAUAUAAAUUAUUAGAGUUACUGACUAUUAUAAAUUUUGGAUUGAUUUCAUACUUAAUCACACAUGAUCCAAUCAUUUUGGGGUUUGAAUUUCCUAAGUAAACUUUUUAGCUAUUAAUUUUUUCCUUGCUGCUUUGAAUUUUUCGUAUACAAUCUUUUAUUUAAUAAUAUGUCAACAGAAAUCAAUUUUAGCAUUAGAACUGAAAAACAUACUGAACUCUAGAGUGUAUAAAGCUUUCUUCCUUUUGGUUUCGGGUAUGACCGGUAAGUUUGGAAGAAAAUAAGAAGAAGAAGUAGAAAGGUGAAAUUGAGAAGAAUGUAAAAAGAGUGGAAAGGAGAAAAUAUAGCACAUUAUAUUAUCUGUUGUGAAAUUUAUUUAAAAUAUAGAGUACACUUUAUCUUUGUAAACAUUAAAUGGCGAAAAUUGAUUGUCCAUUUGAUUGGUAGCUUCUUAACUGAUUGUAAAGUAAAUUUAAAUGUAUAAUAAAUUGUUACUCUAAAAAUGUAAUACAGUCGCAUUUCAUGAUUUUCUUUAGAAGAAUUUGGCUGAGAAAGAAAAUACAAAUUUAUUUAUCCCUCUAAACUUUAGGUAGACUAAAUUGAGAAAUUAAGAUUUAGAUUUGAAACUA